AGCUCUGCAGUCCUGAUUGUGAACUCUUGUAAGCAGGAGCUCCGGGCAUGAAAACAACCUGAGGGACAUCCACAGCCUCAGUGCAGAGCAGGCAAUUCCUGAAACAAGUCGCCGUGCUUGGAAGAAAGUUACUCCUUCAUUUGGGAAGAUUUCAGAUGCUUCACACUUGAUUUGCUUUUUUGACCAGUACAAUGAAGGAAAUGUCCUGCUUCUGCUUGACUUUUUCUUCCUUGUUGGAACAGAUGGUAAAGGCUUACAAGUACGUGACUGGUAUUUUUUCAGUGACUCAUAGCUCAGAGCCACAGGUUUCAGAUGGUGAUCAGAAGCUCACCAAGAUGGAUGUAAGCGUACUUGAGGAGCAGUAUGACCACAUAAAACAGAAGCAAAAACUGCAACCACACAUUAUUGUAUAUAAAACAGGUGGAUAUGAAUCUGUUCUGCCAGAAUCAAUGGUCAACCCCGUUCUAAUUAAUAAGAAAGUUAAAAGGUCAAAGUCAUGUAGAGGAGACACCCCUGUCAGGAAGGUCACACUGGAGACAACCACCAGUGGCAACUCAGAAGACGACUUUCUGUGGCGUGUCCACCUGGGAGCUCACCGCCUGCGGCAGGCCCCGGGACAGGGAGAUUCCUGCCAUCUUCCCCACUGCAGCAGCACACCAUGGAGUUUUGACAACCAGAGACUGAUUUCAAAGGCAAACGACACAUCACAGACCAAGGAAUCAGCAGGAGCAAGUGAACUGUCUGAGCUCAGGCAGCUGGGAAGCGCAGGCGUGUGGAACACUCUCACCAAAGAGAACGGCUGCAACAUCUCAAGCUCCUGCCAAAAGCCUCCUCUGAAAUCAGCCACUGCAGCACUUUGGGAUCAUCAGCAGAGUUCUGACACAAAAUGCAUGGCAGCCUGCAACAAACUGAACUUUUACCCUUUCCCAAACAGGAAAGGGCCCAGAAUUUCUGAAGCUGCAAGGAGGCUUGGGUUGUAUGUCUCAUAAUGAAGAUAUUCAGUAAUACCUAAAACUUAGCCAAAACUUGACUAAAACUUAAAAUAGCAAAGUAGUCUUCCUAGUUAUAUGGAUCGACCUGCUGAGAGUCUACUACUUUUAUUAGCCAUGGAAGAUUCUGACUAUAUAAUCUUUAAUAUCUUUAUAAUUUUCAUCAUUCACUUUUAAGAUAUUCAAGGUAAUUUCUGAUGUAUUUUUAAAAUCAAUUAAUAAAACCUCUGCUUAUUUCUAUUGUUGUAA